AGAAACUCUCGGUAAACGCCAGUUAUUCCGGCGCAGUUUACAUAAUCCACCAAAAAAAAAAACGCGUUCCGAUCUCUCUCCUACAUACGCGUUCUCUCGGCCCUUUCGGAAGCAAGCAAGUAGAAAAGGCCGCGGACCAACCUGUCCCUCGACCCUUCUCUGCCACCGGGCCGAAAAAAAAGAGAACAUUGGAGAAAGACGCCCUACUCUCCCCGCAUUUCACUACAUUUUCAUCGCCUUGCCUUCAUUACCUACCGAUACCGAAUUAAAACCCUCGACCCGGUCAGUCCGAGCUACGAGAAUGUUUGCAAGAAUGGCGAAAACCACCCGUGCAGCAGCCGCGGCCGCUAAAAAAAAGAACCAACAAGAGGAGAGUUUGUCGCAAUUAUCUAAGCGCGAGGAAAAUGAGGUGGAAGAAGCAGAGGACGACGAUCUCGGGGUUUCCGUGCACAAUACUCAGACAUUUGCUGCGUUGGCGAGUCAGGAUACAGCGGCUACUACUAUCGCUGAGUCUGCGAGCGCGGCUUUGGAAGUAGGGACGAAGCCUGUUGCUGCCUCGACAAAGAAGAGGGGGGUUGUUGACGAGGAGGAGACGACGACGAGAGUUAUUAAGAAGGCCCGCGUCAGGAAGGACGAAGUUAUGAUUCCCGCUGCGAGGACGGCGGGGGUAAAGAUGAUGGUUGGGGCUCAUGUUAGUAUGUCUGGGGGUAUGUAUUCUCUUUCUUUGGCUGGUGGUUGGGUGGGUCUUUGUUUGGCGCUGAUUGGGCUACGAUAGGUGUUCAACAUGCCAUCACCAAUAGUUUGAAUAUAGGGGGGAAUGCAUUUGCGCUGUUCUUGAAGAGUCAGAGGAAGUGGGUGAGCGCAGAUUUGAAAGAAGCGGAUGCAAAGGCUUUCCGAGCCGGCUGUGAAAAGAAUGGGUUUGAUCCUAGGAAGUUUGUCUCUCCUCCUUUCUCUCGUAUUGGCUUUUACAUUCCAAUUUCUCCCAUGGAAGCGCUGUCUACCGUGAGGAAAAUUUCUACAUGGAGUUUUUCCCGCCGCGCAGGCUUGACAGAUAAUUGGUCCUAAUGGGAAGUUGCAGACAUGUCCUCCCCCAUGGAUCCUACUUGAUAAACCUCGCCAACGGCGACGCCGAGAAGGCGAAGAAAGCAUACAACUGUUUCCUUGACGACCUGAAGCGUUGCGAAAGGCUGGGCAUUGGCUUGUACAAUUUUCAGUAAGCCAUCCCCAGCGAUUUCAGGGCGCUUACGGAUGUUUUGAAUCCUACUAAUAUAUCGGAUUAAGCCCCGGGUCAACGCUUGGGCUUUCGCGCUCGGAAUCCCUUAGUCGUGUGGCGAGGGCGCUCAACAAAGCGCACUCCGAAACUAAGUUCUGCAUCACAGUAUUGGAGAACAUGGCCGGAGCUGGGAAUGUCAUUGGUGGCAAAUUUGAGGAUUUAAGAGACAUUAUUGCGAAGGUUAAGGAUAAGGAUCGUGUGGGUGUUUGCCUUGACACGUGUCAUUUAUUCGUAAGUUUAUACGUAGCUGAUCGCUGCUCGGUUAUCCAUCACUGACACGCUCGUUGGUUCCUUCCCACAGGCGGCCGGCCACGAUAUCCGCACCCAAGAAUCCUACGACGAAGUGAUGUCCAACUUUGACCGAAUAAUCGGCCGCAAAUACCUCAUGGCUCUUCACAUCAAUGAUUCCAAAGCUCCCCUUGCCUCAAAGCGAGACCUCCACCAGAACAUAGGUCUCGGCUUCCUAGGCCUCGAACCCUUUCGUAUAAUCAUGAACGACGAGCGCCUCGAGAGCCUCCCACUGAUCCUCGAGACCCCUAUGGAAGAGGAAAAGACAUGGGCAGAGGAAAUCAAACUUCUGGAAUCCCUCGUUGGAGUAGAAGGCGACGACCCGGAAUUCUUGGCAACGGCGAAGGAGUUGGCGGAUAGUGGUGCUGGCGAGAGACGGACUGCUGGGAUUGCGGCGCAGAAGAAGGCUGCUAAGGCUGUUGCUAAACCGGGGAAGCGAGGAAGGAAGGGUAGGAAUAAUGGUGAGAGCGAUAGUGAGGGUGGCGAUAGUGAUGACGGGGAGCAUCGCUGUUAGUUCCCGUGGAUUAAAUUGUUUCAAGGCCUUCUUUUGUUAUCCUGGCUUUUCUUUUCUUAUUGCUCGAUUCUCUUGUAGCUAUUUCUGUGUAUUCUUUGCGGAAUAUGGGAGCUGAUGUGGAUGACCAGUUGCCUGGUUUGUUGGGUCUGUUCCUUGGUUGGGAUUUUUCUCGUGCUUGAUGUGCUUUUUCACAAUGUCCCUGCCCGUUCAUUGACACUUCGGCACUCGUACCGAGUCUUAUAUGGGACAUGGUUUGUACCGUAAUAUAAUAAAAUUAUAAAAGCACUGCAUUGGAUUGU